AUGCCUGCAUACUUCCACUGUCGUACCUGCGGAACUCAAGUUGCACUCGUUCAGGAUUACGAUCACUCUGUAGACGACUUAGUGAAUGCAAAGUUCUUCACUGAAGUGCUUAAUGUUGAAGUAACAGAGGAUGAGCGAUAUCAUCCAGUAACAGAUGGCAUGAACCUAGCCGAGACUUACUGUGUCCAAUGUAAAACCCUGCUCGGGUGGAAACUUAUUGCAGCCUCCCAACCGUCUAGGAGUCAUAGAGUAGGAGGAUUCUAUAUGAUAUUGAAGGAGCUUAGUUUCUGGAACGAUGAAACGUUGCCUAAUUUUCCCUUUGGAGGCGAUAAUGAACAGGUUCCUAAUGAUCAAGAUGGAGGUACAGAUGAAGAACAGAAUACUGAUCAAGAUGGAGGUACAGAUGAAGAACAAAAUAUUGAUCAGGAUGGAGGCGCUAAUGAACAGAAUCAUGAUCCAGAUGGAGGCCCCCCAAUGAAAAGAAGGAAGAAAUAG